AUGCACGACGGUAUCCUCAUAGGCAUCGCUCUGCUGAGCGAAGGCUCAGCAUUUGGUCUAGCGCGCCAUCUCCCUCCACUUACUAGGGGCCGCUACCACUGCCCAAGACCGAUCAUUCUGGACUCGCAGUUGCGAUUAUCCCCUGAUUGCAAGCUGCUGAAGAACUACAGAGCGGGGACCGGCAGACGUCCAUGGGUAGUCUGUACGGGUUAUGAGAAAAAGACUGAGGCGCAGGAGAAGGAGUUCAAUCAGACGAAACAAGCACUGCGCCAGGCAGGAGCGCGCAUUGUCGAUGAAACUGGAAGCAAAGGGUUGAUCUCCCUUCCUAUGCUCAUGAUGUCGCUAAGCUCAAUGGGAAUCCGGUCCGUUAUGGUGGAAGGCGGCGCACGUGUCAUUCAGUCAUUCCUCGCGGAAGCAGAAAGUAGUGACAUAGUGGACACAGUCGUAGUAACUGUCGCGCCCACUUUAGUCGGUGAGUCGGGCGUAGGCUAUGGGCAGAGCCUUGUGAGGAACAAGCUACCGAAACUGCAGCAUAUCUCUACCGAGGUAUUCGGCUCAGAUGCAGUCAUCGCUUUGAAAGUUGUAGAAUCUACCGAGCUCUCAGGCCUGGAUACGGACAAUAUAACGAUAGUUUUGGCAGACGAGAUCAAUCUGGUACAUUUUGUCGUCAAUGCAGAUAGACCGCGGCAAAACCGAUUCCAGGUCUCGGAUGCUGGUUGUGUCCUCAUCGACUUCCUGAAGGAUAUUCAACAAAGGGGCCAUAAGACCUUGGGAAAUCUGCCAAUACUGUCGGGCAGUCCCUUUGGUGCAUGGCGCAUGGAUCUCCAGUGCGGCAGCCCUAGCGACGCAUUCGAAUUCCUCCGCGCAUACAAUGCAGAUCUUACGGACCACUUCUACACUAUUGACCAUAAUGAGAUGGAGCGUUAUGUCCCCAACGGCGGCUAUGCAUCCCAGGGCGACGCAGGCUGGAUCUUCCCGACCAAAGUGGGAGCGACAGUCCCAUUGUACCGCUUGUACGUCGGCGGAAGCGAAACGGACCAUUUCUACACGACCAACCAGACGGAGAAGGAGAUUGCUAUCUCUAGCUUAGGGUAUACGUCUCAAGGCAUCGCCGGUUACGUCUAUUCCACGCAGAUCUGCGGAAGCAUCCCGCUAUAUCGUCUCUAUCAACCUAGUUGGGUGGACCACUUCUACACCAUCUCUUGGGCCGAGGAUCAGAAUGUGACUUACACCAAGGGCUAUGUGGAGGAGGGGAUCCAGUGCUACGUGUUGCCCGACAUCGUGGUCACGUCCACCACCUCGUCAGGCUCGGCUAGUAGCAGUAGUUCAACGCCCACGCCACUCGUGACCGAGGUUGAGACAAGUACUCCGGCCAGCACGACGUCAUCCCUAUAUUCAGCCAGUCCAACUGCUGGUUCUACUAUAUCCCACGAGUCUGGAGGACAUCUGGCACAUAUCGUUGCUCCUAUCCACUCGUCAUGGCGAUUUUUUGCAUUCGGCGUCAGCGAAGCAGACGUAGGCGACGUGCUACGCAAGGGACCCACGAAGGUGAUUGUUCCAAGCGCGGCUGUGGAGAAUUUGUCUAACAUGCUGGCAGCCCCGCGACGCUACCGAGGGCCUAUUGAGCGAGCACUGGCAUACAACAUGCAUUGUCACUCCCACUUCUCCGUCACUUUCCUCCUGAUGGGGAGUGCUUUCUAUGUUUGGUAUUUGAACAACACGAAUGGUCAUAUCGUGCCUAGAGACAGUAGGAGAAGGCUGUACUACGACGGCGGCAGGCUCAUCAACACGACGAAGCGAGGUGAGGGGCAGGCUUCAUAUGCAAUGUCACCGAGCACUGCAACGUCCGAGAUGAGGUGCGAGCCUGACCAUUGCAGCGACCCCAGCCUUGCCCUCAAAUUCCUUCGCGCUUACAACCCAAGCAUAAUGGAUCACUUCUAUACCAUCGACCCAUUUGAGAUGGACCGUUUUGUCCCGGGACUCGGAUAUGAAUCCCAGGGUGACGCAGGCUGGAUCUUCCCAACUCAGACAGGGGUGACAAUCCCACUAUACCGUAUGCAUAGUCAGACGGACCACUUCUACACGACAGACGAGGCGGAGAUGAAACUUGCCACAGCCCACGGUACUUAUGUGUUGCAAGGCAUCGCUGGGUAUGUCUACUCUACCCAGAUUUGCGGCAGUAUCCCGCUGUACCGCCUCUACAAGCCAGUGGACCAUUUCCACACCAUCUCUUGGGCCGAGGAUCAGAACAUGUCAUACAUCGAGGAUUAUGUGGAGGAGGGGAUCCAAUGUUACGUGUUACCCGAUAUCAUGGCCACAUCUACUAGCUCGUCGAGCUCGACCAGCGGCCCACGACCCACAUCACUCGUUACCGGGCCUGAGACGAGUGCUCCGGCCAUCGCGACGUCAUCCCUGUACUUGGCCAUUCCAUCCGCUAAUUCUGCGAAUUCUAACAAGUUAGGAGGACAAACUGCGCACAUCACUCCAGUAACUGCAGUGGUCUCCACAAUGCUAUUUCUCGCAACGAUGAUCCCUUGUUUCCGGCGCCAGCGGGAUGAAUAUGUACAUUUCGCUAGGUUGGGGAAUCACAAAGGUAGUUCGUGUUAG